GCGGAAGAUAUAGACCCUGCGUUACAAUGGCUUAACCUGCUGCCACAUUCGUGUAUUAUGGCUUCUGAAGAGGCUAGCAAUUCAAUCAGAAAGCCAUCUGCAAGACGGUCAAAGCCUGAUAUGGCAGCUUUGGUGGAUCAGCAGAGAUUUUUCGAUGAUCCGUGGUCAAGAAACAGUUUAUACCAAUUGGAUUCACUUAUACCAGUUGUAGCUCUCCACCCAUUAUCCUGCUCUUCAUCUGGUGAUUCAGAUAUUGGAGAAAGCAAUACAAACUCUGUUAUUGAAGUUGACGAAGGUGGUGAUGAUGAUGAUCUGCCCUUAUCUACAUUCCUACCGUUGAAAUCAGUCAGUCUGUCCAAUACAAUGAUCAAUAACAACAACAGUGAUAAUAGUAUUACCAUUAAUAGUAGUGAUAAUAGUUUAAAUACUAGUAUUAGUAGUAAUGACAGUAAUAAUAAUGAUAAUAAUAAUAAUAGUACUACUACUAAUAAUAAUAGUUGUAUUAUUAUUAACAAUGACAAUAAUACUAGUGAUAAUAUCAAUAAUCAUAAAAUUGUCCACUCAUCAUGUCAGUGUACAAAACCUGCAGUUGUAGAUGAUCCACGAUGGGAUGGUGAGUAUUGUUCACCGGAAUGUCUUAUUCGUGUUUGUCAUGAAGCAUUUCAAUCUUGGCUAGAAAAUCAUCACGGUGUAUAAGCGAAAACAGAUUCAUUUAGUGUGAAAAAAAAUGAAAAACAAGAAAAAAGGAAGAGGAAGAAUAGAAAAUGAAAAAACAAACAACAACAGCAACUUCGAAGCGAUGAAGAUCUUCAAUGAAGAAUAAAACCACCAACAGCAACAACAACAACAACAGUCCUUGUGCACACCCUUCAGUCCUAUUCUUCUCAUCUCUGUAUAUAUCGUUAUUCUUAUUACUAUUAUAAGUAUUGUUUGGAGUUGUUUUCAAUAUAUAUGUGUAUAUUCGUUCGCCUUUAUUCCAGUGAUACCUUGUAUGUAAUCCGCAUUACUGAAAGCCAACGUGUGUUAUAUGAAAUUUGUUAUGGUUAUUAAUAUAUAUAUAUAUAUAUAUAUAUAUAUAUAUAUAUAUAUAUAUGUAUAUUGGCCACAUUGUAUUUGUAUCAGAGAAGAGAUAUGUGUAUAAUUUAAUUACUUGUACAAAUUUUCCUUUGAUUUAAUGCUUAGAAUGCUUCUUCUCCAAUGUCUUUUUCGCCUUCCUUCUUCCUUCUCUGUAAAUUUUGCCAAACAACAAUGGAGGUCUUUUUGUCUUAAAUUCACAGCAACACACAUACAUACAUAUAUAUAAAUGGAAGAUUGUAUGACAUUCUUCAUGUUGGGGAUGAUUUCUUAUAUAUAUGUAUAAAUAUGGGUCUAUUGAUUAUCAAAAUAGACACUAAGUAACGAUUUCUAACAGUUAUAACCUGCAUAAUCCUUUUUGAAUAUCGAAA